GCCGAUGGGCGUCCCCGCGAGCCAAUGGAGGCGCCGAGAGGCGGGGCAGGGAGGCCGAGGGGGCGGGAUUUCCCGCACGGCCGCUCGGAGCCUGGAGAAGGCAGUGCUGGCGGGUAAAGCGGCAGCGCCUGCCUGAGAGGGCGGGCCGGGGUCAGCUACAGCGGGCCGGCAGGCGCGGGGAGCUGUGGGCGGCCGCUGCGUCUCCUGCCGCCACCCUCCCUCCGCCACGAUGCCGGGGAUAGACAAGCUGCCCAUCGAGGAGACGCUGGAGGACAGCCCACAGACAAGAUCUUUACUGGGUGUAUUUGAAGAAGAUGCCACAGCUAUUUCCAACUAUAUGAACCAGUUGUAUCAAGCUAUGCAUCGGAUUUAUGAUGCACAGAAUGAAUUAAGUGCAGCAACACACCUGACCUCAAAACUUUUAAAAGAAUAUGAAAAACAGCGUUUUCCACUGGGAGGUGAUGAUGAAGUUAUGAGCUCUACAUUACAACAGUUUUCAAAAGUUAUAGAUGAGCUUAGCUCUUGCCAUGCAGUACUUUCAACUCAGCUUGCUGAUGCCAUGAUGUUCCCCAUUACCCAGUUUAAAGAAAGAGAUCUGAAAGAAAUACUAACGUUAAAGGAAGUAUUUCAGAUUGCAAGUAACGAUCAUGAUGCUGCAAUUAAUAGAUACAGCCGAUUGUCAAAAAAAAGAGAAAAUGACAAGGUGAAGUAUGAAGUAACAGAAGAUGUGUAUACGUCCAGAAAGAAACAACACCAGACCAUGAUGCAUUAUUUUUGUGCAUUAAAUACUCUUCAGUACAAGAAGAAAAUAGCAUUGUUAGAACCUCUACUUGGGUACAUGCAAGCUCAGAUAAGUUUCUUUAAGAUGGGUUCUGAAAAUCUUAAUGAACAACUGGAAGAAUUUUUAGCUAAUAUUGGAACAAGCGUACAGAAUGUUCGCAGGGAAAUGGACAGUGAUGUAGAGACCAUGCAACAGACAAUAGAGGAUUUGGAAGUAGCCAGUGACCCUUUAUAUGUGCCUGACCCAGACCCCACCAAAUUUCCUGUUAAUCGAAACUUAACCCGAAAGGCUGGAUACCUUAAUGCUAGGAAUAAAACAGGUUUGGUGUCUUCCACCUGGGACAGACAGUUUUACUUCACGCAGGGUGGAAAUUUGAUGAGUCAGGCCCGUGGGGAUGUAGCAGGAGGCCUGGCCAUGGACAUAGACAACUGUUCAGUGAUGGCUGUGGACUGUGAAGACAGACGAUACUGUUUUCAGAUCACUUCUUUUGAUGGAAAAAAAUCUUCAAUUUUGCAAGCAGAGAGUAAAAAAGAUCAUGAAGAGUGGAUCUGUACAAUAAACAACAUAUCUAAACAAAUAUACUUAAGUGAAAAUCCAGAGGAAACGGCUGCACGAGUAAAUCAGUCAGCUCUCGAAGCUGUCACUCCUUCCCCAUCUUUCCAGCAGAGGCACGAGAGCCUGCGGCCAGCAGGAGGACAGUCUCGGCCACUGACAGCUCGAACCAGCAGUUCAGGAUCCCUAGGAUCUGAGUCUACAAAUUUGGCUGCUCUUUCUCUAGAUUCCCUUGUUGCCCCAGAUACCCCAAUACAGUUUGACAUAAUUUCUCCAGUGUGUGAAGAUCAGCCUGGCCAAGCAAAAGCCUCUGGCCAGGGAGGCAGGCGUACAAAUCCAUUUGGAGAAUCUGGAGGAAGUACAAAAUCUGAAACUGAAGAUUCUAUUCUUCACCAGUUAUUUAUUGUUCGAUUCCUUGGUUCAAUGGAGGUGAAAUCAGAUGACCAUCCGGAUGUUGUUUAUGAAACCAUGCGCCAAAUCUUAGCUGCCCGAGCCAUCCAUAACAUCUUUCGUAUGACAGAAUCACAUUUAUUAGUCACUUGUGACUGUUUAAAGUUAAUUGAUCCACAGACACAAGUUACAAGGCUUACGUUUCCAUUGCCUUGUGUAGUUUUGUAUGCUACACACCAGGAAAAUAAGCGCCUUUUUGGGUUUGUUCUUCGGACAUCAGGCGGGAGAAGUGAAAGUAAUCUGUCAUCAGUCUGCUAUAUAUUCGAGUCAAACAAUGAGGGGGAAAAGAUAUGUGAUUCUGUUGGACUGGCAAAACAGAUAGCUUUGCAUGCUGAACUGGAUCGUAGGGCAUCAGAAAAACAAAAAGAAAUAGAGAGAGUAAAAGAGAAGCAACAGAAAGAACUCAGUAAACAAAAACAGAUUGAAAAGGACUUGGAAGAACAAAGUCGGUUGAUAGCUGCUUCCAGUAGACCAAACCAAGCCAGUAGUGAGGGGCAGUUUGUUGUCCUUAGCAGUAGCCAGUCAGAAGAGAGUGAUUUGGGAGAAGAAGGAAAGAAGAGAGAGUCAGAAGCAUAAACUUACACUUUUUGAUCUUCCCCUUUGGAAUUUGACAGUUUCUGUGGUGAAAUGGCACAAGGUAACAACUAUGUGGAAAUAUCAAGGAGGAAACUAAGCUUUAUAUUUGCUUAUUUGUUGUAGCUACAUUUAAAAAAAAAAUGGAUUGAACUUGAUGACUUAGGUUUGCAUUGAUCUUUUUUCCCCACCUUAAACAUAAUGUACUAUGCAUUAACAUCUAAAGGAAACCUGCUCAUCUCCCUGAAGUAGACUGCUGAGAAAUUGCUCAAGAAUUUUUUCCUUCAAAUUGUGAACUUUUGAAUCUUGCAUUGUAAUUGGCUAUGAAAAAUCAUUUAUUCUUCAGGCUUAGACAUUCAUGGUUAUGGUCCUUUUCUUUCAUUAGGAAAAUUUUGCUGGCAAUGAGGAAGCAUUUAGCUGAAAAAGUUUAAAGCCCUUUAUACAGAGAAUUCUACAAGUUUGCAAAUAUUUUAACAAUAUUAAUGUGCAAUAGAACUUUUAUAAAAUAAUUAGAUUUUACACUUAAGGUUUCAAAUUGUGGUAGGUGGUACUGUUGAUCUCAGGGCACUUUCUGGGAUUGCUCACAUUUCUCUAAGGUACUGCACCUGAUGCCAGUAGAAAGAAGCUUAAGUGUCUUCAGUUCAAGAUUGAUAGACCCCCUUGGCAUUUUAUUAUCAUAUUCUUAGUUCUCAGGUUGGAACUUCAAUUACUGCUGCAGAGCAGUGGUGGUUAAAAAUAAGAUAUUGGAAUUUAUUAAAAGAUUUUUGUUGUUCACAUAUAUUUUAGAUUAGGAAUGACAAGUAAAGACAUUGCUAUGGAGUGAUACAUUGUAUUUUCUGCAUUGUGUGAAAUAGUUUUUACUGAAAGUCAAGUGACAUUUCAAAAGAAGUUCUGUAACAGUUACAUUUCAUGCUUAAAGUAAAAAUUACCAGAGUUUAGUUUAGAAAAUGUAAUCUUAUAAAUUUCAGACUUAUAGUCCCAGUAUUUUCAUAAUCCCAUGUUUUGAUAAAGUAUGGAAUUACCACUUUAUAUCCACAAAGACAAAUAACUAAUGUAUGAGAAUAGAAUAAUUUACACUAAUUAUUGUAAAUAUGUCUACUCUUCAAAUGAGUAAAAGGUCCAGAAAGAUUGAAAAGGAACUGAAUGCCUAGGAUAGUAUAAGAGAAGUUGACCAAGGAAGGAUUUAACCUGGUGCCAAGGUUAAAAUAACUUUUCCCUGUUGCCUAUGUUAAACCUACUGUCUAUGUUAAACCUUAAUUUCUACUGUCUAUGUUAAACCAUAAUUUUUCUGUAAACACAUUUUUAACAUUGCUAAUAGAAAUUAUGUUUUCAUGUGUUUCACGUGAAAAAGUAUAUAUACACACACAUAUAUACACAAUAUAGUGUGUAAAAUAUUUUACAUAGUCACACAUUUACAAAUUUUUCAAGAGGUUAGCCACUAAGACUAAUAAUUUUACAAGGGGAAGGAAACCCCCUUUUUUUUCCUUUGAUAUACAGUUUUUCUUCUUAGUUCUGCAUUAGAAAUGGCAUCUGUUUUAGGUCUCAAAAUAUAACUCGGUUGUUUCAUACUGUAAAUGUACAUUGUUUUCUAUAGGAAUAGGAUAGAUGAUAUAUAGGCUCAUGAUAGUCCUUUGAUCCAUGUGCCAAAUGGGUGUAAUGUUUAUUUACUGACACCUUAUGUUACCAAAACAUACAGUAAAAAAGUAGAAAUUUAUGAAGUACUUUUUGAUAAAAAGUUUAUUUUGUGCUUACCAAAGGGAAUGCUUUCACAGUAGUGUAUCAGUUCUUUUGUUGAAGUUGGAAUUUCUUCUAUUGCCAGCACUUUCAUGGCAAGUCCUGUGUUUAAGACCUUUGGAGACUAGAGCUUUCUGUUCCAUUAAGUACUAUAAAUUGUCACUUCGCUUAGUUCAGAUGAAGUCUGUUACUCUACACGGAAGGUGGUCAUCAGUAGGAGGCAGCUUUACUAAGCUGGUGCUUUGCAUGGUAGCAAGUGCUGCCCUUUGUUAGCACCCUGGGUCAUAGUGUAGGCUAAAGUUAAGGGCACUGGCAGACUUAGGGAUGCUGGACAGACCUGUAGUUCGUUUUAAGUCAUGUUCACAGGAAUUUCUACAAUAAUGCACCCAUGUCCAUAGGUAGAACAAAGUGCAUUCCAAUGCUAAAUAGAAGUUAUGAAUGGGUUUAACAAUUUUAGAUGAUUCAACUUCUGUUCCAUUACUUACUAUUGAAUGAUAUGAACUAUUCCAUUACUGCAAAGAUUUAAGUAUUUGUUUUAAUAAGCUUUUUGUUAUUUAAAGGCUGCCCAUGGAUUUCUGCCUAGUGGUAAAGCUGAUUAUUAUCCUCCUUUGAAAUCCCUUCUAGAUCUUGAGAUGCUUGGAAAGUAAUUGGAUUAGAUUUUGCAUAUCUUUUCUCACACUGAGUUAAUGUUUUUAGAAAUCACCAAAACUGCUUUUUUAAAAGAAAAGAUAUUAAGCCUGCCUACUUCUAUGAUGCAUUCUGUUACUUAAAUGAACAGUACAUUUGUAACUAUUGCAAUGAAGUCAGUAGUUAGGAAACCAGUUAUUCCUUAUACCUUUAAAAAUUUUGAAAACUUGCUAAGAGAAUAAAGCUGUUACCUUAAAUAGAGUCCUGGCCAAGCACAGAGGUGCACACCUGUAAUCCUAGCACUUUGGGAGGCUGAGGCAGGUGGAUCAUGAGGUCAGGAGUUCAAGACCAGCCUGGCCAAGAUGGUGAAACCCUGUCUCUACUAAAAAUACAAAAAAUUAGCCGGGCAUGUAAUCCCAACUACUCCAGAGGCUGAGACAGAGAAUUGCUUGAACCAGGGAGGCGGAGGUUGUAGUGAGACAAGAUCAUGACAUUGCACUAGCCUGGGUGACAGAGUGAGACUCCAUUAUCUCAAAAAAAAACCAAACAAACCAGAGUCCCUAAAGCUACCCUAGUUUUUGCCACAUCUGCAGUGAUUAUUUUCAAAAGAAUCCUCAGGCUCCACAAUCUAGGGGCAUUCUAGGGAUGACAAAAUCCUAUAUGGUAAAGGCAUCUGAGUUAACUUUGCAUUAUGUUUAGGAACCAUAGUAUUUAAAAUUUGAAUCCUAUUAUCAAUGCUGAGAGAUCCUAAGAGCUAGUAUAUUGUAAAACCUGCCACCUGAAUAAAAUGAAAAUAUUAAUGUUGGUUUUCAACCUCUUAGCAUUCAGAUUGUAUUUUAAAUAUUUAAACAUACCAAUUGUAGCAAGCAACGCUUUAUUUUUAGCAAGUUUGGUUUACUCUUCUCCCAUGAGAUUUCGUUUUUCUAUGUUAAUUAGUAAUACAUAAAGAUUUGAAACUGGAACUAUAUUAUACUUUUUAACCAAUCUCUGUGGCUUCACUCAUAUGAAAUUUACUUCAGUUAAUAUGAGACUGGGGAUUAAGUUGUAACUAAUGUGCAAAAUUGCUUUGUUUAUUUGAUGAUUUUGUAAUGUAAGUGAAUUGGUUAAUUUUUAUUUCACUGACACUCUUAAUCAUGCAGUGUACAAUUUAAAAUCAUGCAAUGUUUCACUUUAGAAUUGGAUUUGAAGAACUCAGCUUUUUGUGAUCAUGGUAUACAUGUGGGAUGGAGAACUUAUUUUUUCAUUUUGUCACAAUAGGUAUUUACUGACAAGGCUUCAGGAAAAAAGUUGUUAGAAGAUUUUUUAAUGUAUAAUAAAGUCCAUGAUUUUCGUA